GUAUAGUGACUACCCUACGAAAUUUAUGACAAAUAUUGUCAGCUAUUUUAAUAAUUAUUACUGGCUAUAGUAAGCAAUAUAUUAAAUGUAAUACCGAAAUAAAGUAAAUAUAUAAGUAAAUAACGCAAAAUUUCAGGGAUAAACCUCAGUCAAUGAGGAGAAUGAUUAUUAUUGUUUAGAAAUGGUUAUUUCUGGUGUGUCCUAAAUUUUUGAUAAAGGCCUCGACCCUUGUCCGGAAUUCAAGUCAAUCAAUGGGAGCUGGAGUCAGUUUUAUAUAUUAAAGCGUAUUUCAUCCCUCGUUGGAAGAAUGCUGCUGCUGCUGCUGCUUGGAGUGUUGAGUGUGUUUGUGGGUUCCCCAGACCCUUGUGUGGGCAGUGAUGUGCUGUCUUCUCAGCUCUUCAUUCUUCCUCUCAUGCACCAUAAUUUUAGCUUUCUGACUCCAGGUGUAUCAUACCGGCCCAGUUUGAGGGACAUGCCAGAUCUUCCCAGCUGGCUUCACUAUACGUAUUCUCCUGCUGUGCGUACAGGUUUUGUAUAUGGAGUUCCACCAGAAGGUAUCCAAGAUUUUGAGUUAGAGGUUAUAGCCCGAGACAAACACACGUAUGAAACAUCCCAUCAAGUGUUUAAAAUGAAUGUCUUAGACCAGUCCCGUAAGCCAUAUGAAGUGCGCUUCAAAAUACAGAAUAUGAAUGUUGAAGAACUGUUGGUGGGAGGACGUUGGGACCGACUGCACCAAGUGAUAAGUAAUGACCUGUGGCAAGAAAGUGCAGAUGACCUAACCGUGACUUCUCUUGCCUCUGCUACAGAGCGUGGUGAUAGAUUACCUGCAAGCCCAGAUGAGAAAGAAGGAGUGUAUGUAAGUUAUGGAAGCUCAGUGCCUUUCUCUGCUGCUCUGCUAGAAUUAGAGAAGGAGGUUGAGCCAUUGUGGCACCACCAGCCAUGUCCAUUGUACUUCAAAAAAACUUCUUACGAGAGAUUUUUCCAACAACAAGGUUUUGCUAUUGACUGGUGCAGUUUUAAACUGCAUAACAACAAAAAGAGCAACAUUAUUGGAGAAGAUGCCAAUGGAGAAGAUGAAGGACCCAAGUCUCCUGUCAUCUCUGCUCUGGAAAAUGAGGGGCGUGUAUAUCUUCAGAGGAGGGACCAAGUGGAGAAGCGUUCGUACACUUUUGAUGUUGUCCACACAAUCCUCAUCCCUCUUGUGGUCAUGCUAGUUUUACUGGGACUACUUACCUUGGCUAUGUGUUGCCACAGGAAUCACAUGGAUCAGCAGUCCAGCGACUUUUUUGAUGAGCUCUUUGACGAUUUCCCGCGCAUCCCUACGGGCCAGGAUAUCCAGAUGGUUCAGUAUGCUAGCAUCCACCGAGCUACAGAGGCUCUGCGUACUCUGAAGGGUCGUGAACAUUCACCUCAUCCUUCUACUGCAACUACCACCACUCAGGCUGAUACUCUUACUCGCUCACGUACAGCUAGUCCUUCAUCCACUCUCCCUCGAAAUUCCACACUUAGUCGUCGUUUUGAGGACUAUGCAACUUUGUCUCGGCCAGAUCCACCACCAUAUCAGAGAAAUGGAACGACACCAACUCGUUAAGAGGGACCAAAGUCUUCCAGAGGCACAGUAACUUCCUCUUUAAAAGGAUUUCUAAUUACUCAGUAUGUAGUUGUCAGGAAAAUGAUUAAGUUAUCUAUUAGGAAAAAAAAUUAAAUAAAAGACUAUAAGA